AUGCAAAUAGUGAAUGCAAAGAUGAGAUUUUUUUAUAACUUAUCGAUAUUUUUUGAGGAAUAAUUUAAAGCCAGAUAAUUUGCCAUCCGUUCCCGAAGUUAUAGAAAUGCCUUUAUCUUGGAUAUUUACUAAAUUUAUCAGAUUUUAAGUUAUAUUUAAAUGAUUGAUUGCAUUAAUGAAUGUAUUUCUAAGAUAAAGAUCCAAAAAUAUUAAGAAAAUCGUUUUGAUAGAUUUUCAAAAAGAUCAAAGACUUCAAUAAUUCCCUUAAAGCUCUUAAAGUGA